AGAAGCCUGAGAGCGGUUUUCUCUCUGUUAUCAUACAGUUAUAGAUACAAUUAUUAUAUUUGGUAAAUAUUAUAUUUGGUUUGAUUACAGGAAGCGUUUCAUGAUUUGCAAUCGCAAUACGAUGCGCAAAUGUGCGAGCUGGCGAAGGAUAUGAGCGAAUUGGAGACGAUGAAUCGGCUUCUGCAAUUAACGGAACGAGUCUUGCAGCGGACAAAGGAUGACACGAGUGAGCAAAAGUAUCUUGUCAAGAGAUGCGUUGAACGCGAAAGAACUUUACGCAAUAAAAGUGAAAUUCUUUUAACCACGGUAAACGAAGCAUCCGAAGAUGCGCGGAGACUGCAUGACGAACUUGAUCGUAAAAUAAAAGUAGAGGAAGAAAAUGAGAAACUCGGAUUGCAAAUAACAGCUGAUUUUGUAAAACAGUAAAAAUAUCGAAGAUGAUCUUUCCGCUCAUAAAGAAAUUGAUGAUUUUCUUCAAUCGAUAAAGGAUGAAGUUGAAACUUGUGUGGCUACUCAAAUUGAGAGCAUAACGACAGCGAUUCGUUCAACAAUGCAUCGUGCAUUUGAUCAGCAUUUUGCUACAAGUAAAAACUUUAAAACGAUCAUAAACGCUUCGAUUAACUGUAUGUCUCGAAACGAAAAACAAGUGAUGGAAAAUUAUAAAAUAUUGGCCAAGAAAAUGGGGGAUUUAUCGCACGGAUUAAAUCUUUUAAACAACUGUGAAAGUAGUUAUUCUGAUAAUAUUACCAAGUAUCACCAAAUUGACAAGAUUUGCAGUAAAAUGUGCGAUCAAACUUUGAAAAAUUAUGACGCAGAUGUAAAUAAACAAAAAGAUGUAAAUAAUAUUUUGUGCGUAACGCAAAAUAGUAUUACGAGCAAUAUUGAUGAUAGUGUUAACCAGGUGCAGGUAUUAAAUAAAAUCGCUAUUGAUAGAGGAGUUAUUUCUGUCAGCGACUUGCAAGAACGUUUAAGCACUGGUCGCGCCACAUUAAAGCAAUAUAAUAAUAUACAAUUUAAUGAAAAGCAAUUACAGCAGAAAAUGCUUAAAAAUAAAAGUACAAUGCUUACUUCUAGCGCUGUAUGUAACGUAAAAGGCAGAUUUGCAAUUGAUUUUAUCUCUACUUAUCAGAUGUUUAAUAUUUUAUUAAUAUAUCUACAGAAUAUCGUGAAGACGGUUGAAAACAUGUGUUUUCCUCGUGUAAGACUUUUGGAACAGUGGCAAAAUAAAAUUUUAGAUUUUUCCAAGUGUAUAGACGAUAAAUUCACUAUUCAAAGCGUAGAAUCAAGUAAUUGGAAUAAUGACAUGCUUCAAAAAUUACAUGCAUCGCAGCAACAGAUAGAUAAGUUUUCGCUGAAACCUUUUGGUCGAGACACUUCAAUAGACACAACACCACCAAAAGAGAAAUUUUCGUAUCCUCGUGAGUUUGCAACAACGUCAUCGUCCGAACAAAGUAUUAAAAUGUUUCAAGAAAUCAGAAAAUAUAUGGCUGAGACGGAAGAAGAUUUGGAUUUAGCACAAUGAAAUACUGGAAUCUGCUUACUGUGUAUGUUUGAUAUUAAUUUAUUUUGUAAUUUUAUAUAUUUAUUUUAGCAAUACAUCUCCGCAUACUCUUUUUGUUUGAAACGAUAUCUCGAUUAAAAGUCAAAAAGAGUGCGCAGAAGUA